AUGGUUAUGCCCUUGGACUUUCUGAUUGCUGAAAACCCUAUAGCUGACAAUACCGGAGAAAUGGGCCUCACAAUGAAUAUAGAUCUUUCUUCCUUGCUUUCAAUAAGGCUAUUUCUCUCUAUAUAUGAGGAAAUUUGGGAAGGUAAUAACAAACUGUACAUGGGUAUCUUUGUUGGGGGAAGUAAAGUGGUUCAUUUUACCCGACCUAAUGUCAAUUCAAGCAGUGAGACCUCUAUUGAUUCCUAUGAUGAAAUAUCAAACCUUUUGUCAUCCUGUCCAACCUUUCCUGACUGUGGAUUCAGGCUACCCAAUAGUGGAGUGGUCCUCUCAUGCUUGGAUUGUUUCCUUCGAAAUGGAUCCCUUUAUUGCUUUGAAUAUGGAGUAAGCCCAUCCGUUUUCCUUGCCAAAGUGCGAGGAGGUACUUGCACAACUGCAACAUCCGACCCACCAGUAACUGUCAUCCACCGAGCAAUGCAUCUGCUUCAGAAUGGUUUUGGGAACUAUGAUGUGUUUCAGAAUAACUGUGAGGAUUUUACCCUUUACUGCAAGACAGGGCUUCUAACAGUUGACAGGUUGGGGGUCGGAAGAAGUGGGCAAGCUUCUUCCAUCAUUGGUGCACCAUUGGCAGCCCUUCUUUCCUCGCCUUUAAAAUUGCUAAUGCCUAGUCCUGUUGGCGUGGCUACUGUAACAGCAGGGAUGUAUUGUAUGAGCCGAUAUGCUACUGAUAUUGGAGUUCGAACUGAUGUGAUCAAGGUAGCAGUGGAGGACCUGGCUGUAAAUCUUGGUUGGCUGGGGACUCAAGAGGAUGUAGCAAAGGAAGACGAGGCUUCUAACCAACUAAUUGUCUUAUAA